AUGAUCUUUAGCGAUAUAUUCCUUCGUGAAGAUGCCACCGGUAUGCGACUCAUUAUUUAUAAACAGGAUGAAAAUCAGCAAUUUGUCGAAUUCUCACAAACGGAGACGCAAUUUUUUAACGCGAACCCGAACUUCUUCAGGCACAUAGCCUUGGAAUAUAAAUUUGAUGCGCUGGUUCGAUUGAAAAUUGAUGUCGUUGCAAUUAACGAUGCUAUACAAGAACAGAUUGUAUAUAAAAUUGGGGAAGCACACCUCGACUUGCCCGUGCUGUUGGCAAAUCGGGGAGAGCUGUCGUUGCCGUUGAAUAAUACACGCGGAAGACUCGAAGUCUCGCUAGAUGCACCCGAUAUAUACAGGCAAGCCGUAAAACUACGCUUCACCGCCAGCCAUCUUCACGUUACUGCAAAUACGAUAGCUGUUAAGCCCUAUUUCGUCUUUUUAUUGAACAUUUCGAAUCGUACAAUAUUGCUGCACCGAAGUGAGAUGCUAUCGACUAAAGAUCCCGAAUGGGCGGCCUUUUCUGUGCCCCUGUUUCUGCUACAAUUCUAUCAGCAGGGCGUCUUGCAGCUUUCCGUGUAUAACCAUUACCCCAACCACCAAGACGAACUGAUCGGUUCUUGCUGUACGAAUUGGACCAAGCUGCAGCGCGGACCCGGGGCGCUGAAUUCGUAUAUGUUGAUGAACGAGGAGGGCAAGAAGAAAGAAGAAAAGAUCAGCACCGACCUCGUCGAGUUCGAGAUCCACGAGACGGCUGGUUUCUUUGAGAUUGUGAAAGCUGGGCUCAGCGUCGACCUGGGAGUGUCCAUCGAUUUCACGGCUUCAAACGGGGACCCCACACAACCCACCUCGUUGCACUUCAUCCACCCUCACAAGCCGAAUCCAUACACGAACGCGAUUUUGAAAAUACUACCUCCCCUAUUCGGCCACUCGAAGGAGACGCGAAUUUCAGCGAUGGGAUUCGGCGCCAGAGUUGGCCGCGAUCAUCAAAUGUCGAACUGCUUCCCGUUGGAGCAAACAAGCCAACAAUUCUACGUCCAGGGCUUCAACGGGCUGCUCAAUGCCUACAGCAGUGCCCGGCUUGAAGUGAUGUUUUUUGGGCCCACCGAGUUUGCCGACUCAAUCUACCACGUCAGCAAAUUCGCCAAGGCAUCAGCUCGGCUGAAGCUCGGCCUCUACUAUGUGCUCGUGAUCCUGACGGACGGCGAUUUGGAAAAUACGAAAGGGACUCGCGACGCCCUGGUCGACGCUUCGGAGGCUCCAAUGUCUGUGGUGGUCGUCGGGCUGCGAGACGGGCAAAAAUUUGACAAGGUUGUCGCCCUGGAAUCGCCGAUCCUGAAGCAUUCUGAUGGGCGCACGAUGAGGCGACAGGUGCUCUCCUUCACCAAGUUCAACGACCUCGCCACCGACGACGCGUUCGCCCUGAUCCCGUUCCGUAUCCAGCAGUGGAAUAUGUUGUACACUAAGAAUUCG